AUGAAUUCAUUCAAAUCCAAAAUCGAGUCUGCAAUUUCUGCAGGCAAAAUUACAGGUGCUGUCACAGUUGCCAGUGAUGCUACGAAAUCAUUCACUCACACCUCAUCCUACGGACUUCGAUCUCUCGACUCCGCCUCAUCUGCACCUUUGAAAACAGAUGCCAUCCUCGCGAUUGCCUCCUGCACCAAGCUCCUAACCUCAAUUUCCGCUCUCCAAUGUGUUGAGCGUGGCCAAUUUACACUCGAUGAGGACGUCUCUCGACUCGUCCCUGAGCUCAAACUCGAGCAUCUUGAUAUCCUCCAGGGUUUCGAUGCCGAGGAAAAGCCCAAGCUUGUCAAGGCCACGAAAAACAUCACGCUCCGUAUGCUUCUCACCCAUACAUCCGGGCUAGCAUACGAUAUCUCUACACCUGACCUGAUUCGCUGGAGAGCUACACGAGGUGAAUUUGCCACGCUUGACAAGGGAACCUUGAUAUCACGUUGUAAAACCCCAUUGAUGUUUGAACCUGGGACUUCUUGGGCCUAUUCUACCGGUCUUGAUUGGGCCGGUCUAAUGAUCUCACGAGCCAACAACAUGACAUUGGAAGAAUACAUGCAUGAAUACAUCUGCGCACCCCUUGGCAUCACAGAUUUAACAUUCCACAUUGACCAAAAUCCUGCUUUACUUUCACGCUUGGUUGAUAUGACUGUUCGCGUCGGAGGCAUGACUCCCUUCGGUACCGCCGCCAAUACCGCCGGUGCGCUCGUCUACACCGCGGAUACUUUUUGGUCACAAGAGCAAAUCGACGACGCAGGCGGAGUGGGUGUUUACAUGAGUAUACCCUCUUACGAAAAGGUCUUACACAGCAUCACGAUUUCAGACGAGAAACUUCUCAGCAAAGCGAUGAAUGACAGGAUGUUUGAAGGGCAAUUGACGGAGCCGCAAUUGGCGAAUCUGAAUUACACACUUCAGAUUCCGGAAAUGCGCUAUAUAAUGACCCCCUCAAUUCCAGCCGAUACGAAACUUGAUCAUGGGUUAGGGGGAAUGAUACUUCUGGAGGAUCUGGAAGGGAGGAGAAGAAAAGGGGCAAUGUAUUGGGGCGGAUUACCAAAUUUGUCUUGGUGGGCUGAUCGAGAAGCAGGUGUUAGUGGAAUUUAUGGAAGUCAGUUGAUCCCUACUGGGGAUAAGCAGACUGCAGAAAUGUUUGAAGAAUUUGAGAAGGCUGUUUAUGCAGAGGUGGAGGCUUGA